CAGAGCUCAUGUUGUGUAUGCUUAUUUUCAUUUGUAGAAGGGGAGAGUCGAGCACACUCGAGCAUGCAACAACGUGACAGGAGUCAGGGCGGUUAAAGUUAUGAACAAAUGCAUAGUACAGUUAAUAUAGUAGUCUAAAAACAGGGUAGGCCUAAGGCCUAUAUCAACCUUCUCCCUACUUCUCUGAGCUAGGCCUAAAGCCUAAAAGUUGUAGAGCUACUGUUGACCUGUGUAUAUAUGUCUAUGACUCCUAAAUAUGCCUGAACAGGAGAACAACUUCCCCAAUGCGGGUCAACGGAAGAAAUGCUGGGACGCUCGUGAUGCUUACUUUGAAUGUGUGGAGAGUAAUGGUGAAGACAAGUGCAAAGAACUCAGGACAACAUUUGAAUCCAGCUGCUCAAAAACAUGGGUGAAGUAUUUUUACAGACGAAGAGACUUUGAGAAAUACAAGAAAACAAUAGAAUAUGAAGGAUUUAAACCGGUCAAUGAGAAUGAAAAGCAAUGAGAAGUCAAAGGAGCAAGAAACAUGAAAACUAUUGAAUAUGAAGGACAUAACCAGCCAAUACGAAAUAUGGAUUCAAAGGAAGAGAAAGACUUGAAAACAAUAAAAUAUAAAUGAUAAAGAAUAAAAAAUAUUUAAAGCAAUUAAAAUAAAUCAUGGUACCCAGUUAUAGGAUGGUAAUGUGUGGCUAACUAGUUGUAGCCUGUACAGUGAUUCAAUGUAUCAGUCAAUCAGGGUAUCAAUCAGUAUAUCAAUGGUAAUUUAAUUUGUCGGCAGCAGGAUAUGGCAAACUACACGUUGUGAACCAUAAUGUACCAGUAUCCAUCAAAGAUAAUUAUGAUGGCAUAAUCAUUUGAUGUAGAAAAAUGACAGGAAUGCUUAAUCUCCCGUUGGACAUAUUCCCACAUCUCCACAGACUGAAAAAGGGGAAAAUAUGUCCUAAAUAUCUCAUAAGAGAUUAAAUAAAGGCAGCCAAAACUGGGAAGUUGUGCUUGAGGCUAGGGGAUUCACCUCUAAACCUUGCCGGUCUUCAUAAGUUGUCAGACAGCUGAGUUGGGAAAAACAAAUCGGCCUGUGGCGGUAUCUUUGUGGUCAAGGUUUGCGUCAUUUAGUUGUAGUGCUAGUCAAAGUUUUAAGAAUAUGAAAUUAUGUAAUUUUUAAGUUUUAGCUCAAACUAUGACUAAACUUGGUUUUAAGAAUACCGAGGUAAGGAACACCACAUGAA